AGUAGUCAGUAGUGUCACUUUCUAGCUGUCCAGCUUACAGUUCAUAUUAUUUGGGGGAUCGGUUGCAACUGGGAAGUUAUGGAGGAUUUCGACUGGAGCUUUAUGGGAGCGGUGAUUGUAAUCAGCUUGGCCUGCUUUGCCCUGAUAAUAUCAGUCGCGUACUAUUGUUGGUUAUACGAAGUAGCUUCCUCCUUUAAACUCUGCUUCCUCUCCAUCUUUGGUAUGGAGACUAAGAAAUCCAGUAACAGGAAAACGAUACUUCCAGUUUCGACAAGAGAUCCAGCUCCUUAUCCCACUAUAAACAGGAUAAACGGUGAAAGUACACAACGUCAUGUAAUGCAACGAGUACCACAAAGACCCAAACACAAUAACGCCAUGAGAAGAUCAAACAGCAGCCAAAAUGGUAACUCAAGACCGACCACUGGUAACUCAAGACCGACCACUGGUAACAGACAAACCAGGCAACGGGCUGUGAACAUUGCUAUCCACGAUCUAAAGUCUCAGAACCACGAUCAGAGAGAGAAUUCUCCGACGAAACCAGCUAAAUCAGAAGCUGUCAGAGCGUACGUUAAAAGUACAGGAGCAUCCUCCUCGAGUGGGGCUGAAUCUUAUAGCAGCACCACUAUCACUGACAACUUGAUGUCGACUGAAAGUGAAAGUGAAAGUGAAUUUAAGCAGGUGGAACUAGAAGUUGCCAAUUUAGUUGCGUGUGUCGCCAGUGAAAGGGGUGAAGCAGCUGGGGUUAAAGAAGGGAGUUCUUUAUCUAAUACGAUACCAUCAGAAUCAUACAGAACAAGAAAAUGGGCAAAAAUGAACCGAAAAUUGGGAGAAAACGAAUGUCGUCUCACUCAUGUGGCGGAACAAUUGACACACAAACCAGGGAGAAGCACUAGAGCAGUAGCUCCGUAUACUUUGCAAGAGUCUGGGGGUCAGUUUGACAAAACAGAUCACGUGACAGGAGAUCACGUGACAGGAGACCACGUGACAGGAGAUAACGUGACAGGAGAUCACGUGACAGGAGACCACGUGACAGGAGAUAACGUGACAGGAGAUCACGUGACAGGUCGUAGGGUUACAGGGUCAAAGAGACGACUUGAUGCAGAGCAAGGAUCAAUAUUAGAAGUUCUUCAAUCACUAAGAAAAUCUGGCAAUUUAGGAAUAAAUCCAAUAGCUAGCCCGGUUUCUCAACUCUUCACCUCGGAUCCAGAAAGGGAACAAAACGCUGUAGUGAACAUGAGCGUUCACACUUUCAAGCAGUCUGUUAACCAUAAUAGAAGAGAAAAAGAGACACCAAAAGAAAACUCGUCAGCGAGUGAUGAAAUAAAAUCAUCUUCUGAUUCGGACACAGAAUCAUCGCUCAUUGUGAUAUCCCGUUCUCCAAAUUUCAAACACAAUAUAACUUCAAAUGAUGGUAAUAAUCAUGAAAUAGAACCGGAUUGUGGUAUGAUAUCUGUUUACGAACAUAACGCAAAGCAUCAUGUCUCAAGUGAAAUCGAAGAUGUAAGCAACGCCACAGAAAAUCCAUCAAAAUCAUCUCAAAAUAAAAAAGUCGAUCUAGAAAACGAAAAGUUCCCUCAAAAUAUAGACCCCUCUAAACAAGUGUUCGGCAGAGAAAACACCCCAGAUCUUGACAAAAGAGAAUCCCUGGUUCGCCGGAUCGACAGCCUGUUCUGUUCGACCACGCCCUCCAGCAUAGGCUCCUGCAUUUCUGAGAAUGUAUACGAGCAACAAAUACACCACAAUAUUAACAAUCUAAAUAAUCGUAACUACAACAGCGCACAAUCAUCAGUCCACGAGAACAAAUCAUCCGACGACGAAAUUGUUAUCGGCACUUCGGAGUCUAUAUUCAUCACUCAACCCAAUGUGUAUGAGCCGAAAUAUGAAGAACCAAUCACAAGUACAAAACCUGAUUUAAUGAACCAAUCAAAAGCUAAUCCUGAUGUGAUAAUGGACCAAUCAAAAGCUAGUCCUGAUGUGAUAACGGACCAAUCAAAAGCUAGUAUGGUGAACCAAUCACUAGCUUCCUCCUCCUCUUCCUUCAAUUCCACCACACUCCCUUCAGUAACCUCCGAGAUUAACACAACCACUUUGGACAUGUCUAGUGAGGAAGAAAACCUUCCGGGGAGUUAAAGUACUUCCAGUGAUCAUAAAGCCGUAGUACAUACAUAUUAAAUUACACUGGAUCGAGCUUACACAGUGUAAUUUCGUCCAGUCUGCGCCGCGCGCCUAUAUAAACGUACACGGCGCAGACUGGAGGAAAUUACACUGUGUUAGCUCCACUGUAAUGUCAUAUGAUUAUGUAUGUACUACGGCUUUAUAUUGUGGUAUUUGCUUACUAUUUGUUUAUAAUAUUUGUUGUAGGUAUUGUGAUGAUAUAUGACUUUUAUUGAUACUAUCAGUGUUGGCAAGCCUUUAUACCCCC